CCCACCUGACCCUUCCCCUCUCUCCUCCUCUUCCUUUUUUCUCUCAAUUUCUCUUCAGAUGGAGUGCAGUGACAGCACGGCCGCCACCAACAACAGCUCUUGCUCAUCGUCGUCUCCUCGCUCACUCUCGCCAUCUUCAUCCUCUUCUCCUCCCCCUCCCAACGUCGUCCUUAGCCCUUGUGCCGCCUGCAAGAUUCUCCGGCGUCGCUGCGCUGAUAAAUGUGUGUUAGCGCCCUACUUUCCGCCCACCGACCCCGCCAAAUUCACCACCGCUCAUCGUGUGUUCGGGGCCAGCAAUAUCAUCAAGUUCUUACAGGAACUUCCCGAAUUUCAAAGAGCCGAUGCGGUUAGCAGCAUGGUUUAUGAAGCGCAAGCGAGGAUUAGAGACCCGGUUUACGGAUGCGCGGGAGCGAUUUGUCAGCUUCAAAAACAAGUUGACGAGCUCCAAGCACAAUUAGCAAAGACGCAAGCCGAGCUAGUGAACAUGCAAUGCCAACAAGCGAACCUUGUAACUAUGAUAUGCAUGGAAAUGGAAAUGUCUCAGUCCCCUCAACCUUCCUCCGAAGAAUCCCUUGAUAGCUUAAUUAGCCCACAAAGCUAUCAGAGUAACUCCUUCUUCCUUGAUGACAGCAAUAUUGGAGCUACAUGGGAGCCGCUCUGGACAUGAUCCUUAUUAAUCUUCAAGAUUAAUCAGUUAAUUACGAGGGAAAAGUUGGAUUAAUUCUCCUAACUCUGAGCUGAGAGAAGGAGGUGUGAAAGAGGAUAAGUUAAUAAGACUAGUGAAUUUAUAAUAUGUUGGUACUAACCAAACUUUAAUAUUGAAAGGUACAUGAAGAAAGGAGAAAAAGCAAGGUGAGUGAUGUACCUUUUAGUCCUUGUAAGAAUAUUAUCUUCGUAAGAAGCAAUCAAUGAAGUUUAUUAUUCUUCUUUAUGUU